UGCUGAGUGAGAAAAGCCCUGAUGUUGCUGCAGUGAGUGACAGAAAACAACAGAGAUGGUAAAGGAGCAGAUGUCUGACUGGAGCCCAGCAAAGCAGCUGUAGACCAGGGAACAUAUGCAAGUUUAGCGGCAGCCCAUCAUCAUCUGAUACAACAAGGAGAACAGUGAAGUUUCUGGACAGGGGUGACUCAAGUGGUGCUGCUAAAGGAGUUUAAGCACAUCAAUGAGGACUACUGGGAUGGCUUUGUUCAAGCAACAGAAUGUGGAGGAUUUUUAUGACAUUGGAGAGGAACUCGGAAGUGGUCAGUUUGCAGUAGUGAAACGUUGUGUAGAGAAAAGCACAGGAACUGAAUAUGCUGCCAAGUUUAUCAAGAAGCGCCAGAGUCGUAGCAGCAGAAGAGGAGUAAGAAAAGAAGAGAUUGAGAGAGAAGUGAGGAUCCUCCAAGAACUCCAGCACCCCAAUGUCAUAUCUCUGCAUGAUGUGUAUGAAAGUCGCACAGAUGUGGUGCUGAUCCUGGAACUGGUCUCAGGGGGAGAGCUGUUUGACUUUUUGGCUCAGAAGGAGACUCUCAGUGAAGAGGAGGCCACUCAGUUUAUCAAACAGGUCUUAGAUGGAGUCCAGUACCUUCACUCCAAGAGAAUUGCACAUUUCGAUUUAAAGCCUGAAAACAUAAUGUUGCUGGACAGGAACAUCCCUCUGCCCCGCAUCAAACUCAUAGACUUUGGACUGGCACACAAGAUAGAGGCUGGCACUGAAUUCAAAAACAUUUUUGGCACGCCUGAAUUUGUUGCUCCAGAGAUAGUCAACUAUGAGCCACUGGGAUUGGAGGCAGACAUGUGGAGCAUAGGAGUCAUCACCUACAUACUCUUGAGUGGUGCAUCACCUUUCCUUGGUGACUCAAAGCAAGAAACUCUGGGAAACAUCUCUGGGGUGAGCUACCAGUUUGAUGAAGAGUUCUUCAAUAAUACAAGCGAACUUGCCAAAAGUUUCAUCAGACAGCUUCUGGAAAAGGACACAAGAAAACGGAUGACCAUACAUGAUGCCCUCAAUCACCCUUGGAUUAAGCCAGUAAAUCCCAGACAGGCCAUGGUGAAGAGAUUGUCGGUGGUCAACCUGGAGAACUUUAAGAGACAGUAUGCCAGACGCAGGUGGAAGUUUUCAAUCAGAAUUGUAUCUCUGUGCAACCACUUUACUCGGAUCAUGAAGAAGAACCAAAAGAUGCGUUUAGAGGAUGGGAGAGAUUGUGAAAGUGACCAGGAGGAAGAAGUGGUAAAGAGAAGACCAAGGUCAAGAAAAAGAAGCAGCACUUCUUGAAAGCAGCAACCAGGAAUUUGAGUAGUCAUUGUUUGGAUGCAACACAGUGACUCUGCAUCUUUUGGAUGCUUACAGACCUAACACAGCAUCUAAGUGUUGCAUGAUUCUGCAGGAUUAAACUCAAAGCUGUGGUUUCUAAAUUUGAAUUUACAGCUUAAUAGGAAAUAAGAAACCAAUAUUCACACAUGCACGAGAACAUGGGCAGCUUCCUUUCACGACACCAGUCUUAAAAGUUCCUCAGCUGUUUGACAUCUGAGUGUUGACAAAAGUUAAACUGGUUUUUAAUGUCAGUGUUUGAAUGUCUGUAGGAGGUGAAGCAACUGUUUACAUGCCAUUGCAAUAAACCAUUGUUGAUAUUAACAAACUGUUUACUGGUAACAUCUCUAUUGCUUCCCUACCAAAAAUAAUUACUUGUAAAUUGUUCCCUAUCCUACCCAAAUGUCAUGACAGGCGAUACAGAUACUUCGAUUUGUUAUAUUCAGCAUUUGAUAUUUGGAUGACUGUCUGGCUAAAGUGCUUGUGAUAAGAAACGUUUGUAUUCUUCAUAUGAUUAAAAAUAAAAAUCACACUCAAGUUUUUAUACAUAAAAUUGUCUUUAUAGUAAAAUAUAAAUGUCCAUAAACCUAAGUAAUGUAAGGCAAAUGUCUUAAGUCCACUUACAGUAUAAAAAAGAAUGUUCGGCAUCGCCUACUUUUAUUUUCCUUAUAUGUGUUUGUAAUGUAAAUUGAGCCAUUGUGUAAUAAAUUAAUGGUUUAUUGCUUAUGGAACAUGAUCAUCAUUAAACUUUACUCUGAUUGUUUAAAAUAUGAAUUUUUAGUGCUGAAACAAUAAAGGCCAAGUUUCCUAAAAGCUCCUAACUGUUAAAGUGAUAGUUCAAUAUCAAGUGCAAGUGAGAUGCUGUUACGUUGUCAUUGAUAACAUAUGCUUAAAACAAGGUUUGAGGCAUGACACAUCUGCUUAGACAGUUGCUCUGACUGACUAAUACAGAACCUAUACCUAUUAAAAGCUGAUUAUUAAACUGCAUUAUA